AACAAAAUGGCAUUAGAUUAAGUGACAUUUCUGUAUUUUUGUGUUGGUUUUCAAAAUAAUUAUGACCUUUCAGGGAAAGGCUACCCCAGAAAUGGAAUUAUUCCGUACCGAUCAGUAUUACAUACUUGUAAACGGUGAAUAUGGGUUAUGGUGGGAUCGGACAACUGGUGAAUUUGAUGCAAAAUCAGCCUGGGACCUAGCAUCAGCUGAUGAUCCAGAAUGUCUAGGUGUCUUGUAUGGUAUUGUUGGAAAAAUUGAACUACAGUCUGUUGUAGACAGCCGUUUGAUGCUCAUAAAGGAAUGUGCACCAGUUGGAGACUUGCCUGGUGGUAAAACUGUUUACAAGAUCAAAUCAGUAACGUUUCUACAACUUGGACCAGCAGGGGAUGCUGCAGACUUAGGUCUCAAAACAUGCAAAAAACAUCAGAACAACAAAAAGGCAGGCCCUUCUGGUGGUGGUAUUUUUGACAUACACCAAAAGGCAGCAUUUGCUAAGACUUGGGGUACCAUUAAGUCAGCUACUAACACGAUUAAAAAUACAACACAGCAAGCAGCAGCACUAGCAACAUCUCAGGUGAAAUUAGGGAAACGAAGAGAUAGCAAGGACCGAGAGAAGUUUGAACGUCGGAUACUGGAAGAACUUCAACGAAUUUUUACAGAGACGGACUCUUUCUAUUACUGCUUGGAUGGUGACCUUACAAACUCUCUGCAGCGGCAGUGUGAUCUGAAAGAAAACAAUAAGGAAUUUUUGAAUAACAGAGGUUUUUGGAGAACUGUCGAUGAUAGAUUUUUCUGGAACAAACACAUGCUACAGGAUAUCAUAUCAUUGAAUUGUCCUCUGGCAGAUCCAUGGAUAAUACCAGUUAUUCAAGGUUUUGUACAAAUUGAACAUUGUAAGGUAGAAAUAGGAUUUGAUCCAGCAGUUAAUGAAGCUUUAGAACCAAGAUACGAGACAUUUACACUGAGUCUUAUCUCCCGCCGCAGCCGUUUCCGAGCUGGUACUCGGUACAAGCGACGUGGGGUUGAUGAGGGUGGAAAGUGUGCCAACUAUGUUGAGACUGAGCAGAUCGUGUCUCAUCACCACCAUCAAGUGUCUUUUGUACAAGUCCGAGGUUCUGUUCCAGUGUUCUGGUCACAGCCAGGCUAUAAGUAUAGACCUCCUCCUCGCAUUGAUAAAGGGGAAGCAGAGACGCAGCUAGCUUUCGAAAAGCACUUCGAAGAAGAAAUAGCUAUUUAUGGACCAGUCUGCAUUGUGAAUUUAGUGGAUCAGUCCGGGAAGGAGAAGAUAGUUUGGGAUGCCUACACCAACCAUAUCCUUGCAUAUAAUAGCCUAGACCUAAUGUAUGCCACAUUUGACUUCCAUGAAUAUUGCCGAGGUAUGCAUUUUGAAAAUGUGUCGGUACUGAUUGCCAGUCUUGUGGACAUUAUCCGGGAUAUGAACUACUGCUGGACAGACAAGGAGGGCCGGAUAUGUAGUCAGAAAGGCAUCUUCAGGGUCAAUUGCAUUGAUUGCCUUGACCGAACAAAUGUUGUGCAGACUGCACUAGCAAAGGCUGUGAUGGAAAUCCAAUUCUCAAAACUUGGUUUGAUUCCGCCUGAAGGGAACAUUCCCUCCAACAUUCGAAACACUUUCCAGUUGCUUUGGGCAAACAAUGGUGACAUCAUCAGUAAGCAGUAUGCAGGGACCAAUGCCCUCAAGGGUGAUUAUACACGGACUGGAGAGAGAAAAUUUACAGGAAUGAUGAAAGAUGGAAUGAAUUCAGCCAAUAGAUAUUACUUGGGUCACUUUGUUGACUCUUAUCGGCAAGCUGGUAUCGACAUAAUGCAGGGUCAAACCAUCGACGAUGAGGAUCUCGAGAACUGCACCAAUGAACUGCAAACUGCAGUUUCUAUAGCACAGACCCUGGUUCCAUUGUCUCCACCUAUGUACAUGUCAGACAUAGCACUCGGUCCUGAGAUGAGGUUCAUCAAUGCGUUGUAUCACAUGAUAAGGUACUAUCUGAGUCGCUUCAAGGACACAUACAGACAAGCCACAAUUGAUAUGAUGUUAGGUAAUCCUGUGUCAGAGGAUGUCUUCAGUCAGGAGAAGACCGAUGAUGAAGUAGAUAGUGCAUCCACUGCUGAACAUGUCAAAUUACUCAUAGAGGACUGUAAGAAGAUGUUGAUUAAUGAUACAGACAUCAUUCUGGGAGCAUGGGGACUUAUUGAUGCAGAUCCUGUGUCUGGGGACCCAACGGAGACAGAAAUGGACACAGUCUUGAUUCUUACAAGGGAUUCAUACUAUGUUGCAGAGUAUGAUGAUCAGGUGGAUAGAGUCACAAAAUACCAGCGCAUCUUCCUAGAUGACUUGACGUUGAUUGAAUUUGGAAUACCAGAGCAUGGUGGUGCAGUAUCGUUGUUCAAGCAGACUUCAAAGACAGAACACCACUGCAUCAGGCUGCACUAUAAGGUGGCUUCUGUGUCUGGCUAUUUUCACAUGUUCAGAUCCACAAACCUUAGGUUCUUCAACAACAUGGCCGUUGGAAUCAAGACACAUGAGGAGAUGAUUGAGUCCUUGAAGGCAAUAUGUGAGGCAUUUGUAGUUGCAGUCGAAAUAGCCCACCUUCCGGCCGUACCAUUCAGGCAGAAUAAGUUGGACAAGAGGAAGAGUAAAGUUGUGUCAUCAAAUAGCAGCAGUCUAUUGGGACCAGGAAGUUACCUAGAUAUUACAGCUCUGCCCCACAUGACUCGCAAUGUAUCAGAGACACAGCUGUUGAAUCUGAAGACUGUGGGUACCAAGGCCCUGAACAAUGUGACUCAGCAGUUCAACAAAUUGAACAAGCUUGGCCACAGUUUCAACACAAGGAGGCCAAAACAGGCUGUAGAUGACACUGAGAAGGAUAAGAAACAUGGACCUAUCUUCACCCUUGGAGUUCUAGAUAACGCAACACAAGAUGUAAACUCUGCACUUACAGUUUCAAAGCAUUCCAGUGAUGAAGAUGAAGAGGUUGCUGCAUAUGACUACCUUCACCAUCAGACAUCAUUGCUGACUGAACAAGAUCAAUCUCUGUGUCAAACAAGAACUUCUCUUCAUCCAGAGUUAAAAUGUACUGAUUUGUUCCUGCCUAAUGUUGGAAUAGUCAUGAGUACAAAGGUUAGUGAUAACGUAAAUCAUUCCCUUCUUGAUACGAACAGAACACCGGAUCCUUUUCUCCGCUUCCAGCCAUCUGCAGCACCUAUGAUAGAUAAUGUUUCUCUUUCUCGAGUAGUACAGAAUGUUUCUAUCCGUGGUCACGUUCUUACCCAUUCCCGAACAGAUUUAAGCCUUGAUGUUUCUAGUUUGGUUCCACCUUUCACAUCCUCAGUUGGUCAUGCAGCGUCUAGAAAUUCCUCCUUAACCCCAAGCCCUCAUAGAGGUGGUGCAACAACACCUGAAAUCACUGUUGAAAAUACAACAGCUGCUCAGGAUGAAAGAUCUGCUUUGAUAGCAGCUUUAAAAGCUAGUCAAAAGUCUUUGGUGGCUGAAGGCUCAUGUAUGAAACAGGUACAGUCAGAAAGAAAGUCAAGUGAUACAAGCUCCAGGACACCACAAACCGAGCUGAAAUCUUUACUGUCUUCAGUGAAAUUGACUCCUCCAAACACGCUUCAACUUGCUCGUAAACUGUCUUUGUCCUCGAAUGAAGUAGAUAAAAGGCAGGGAGGCAAAGUUGAAGAAGGAAGGGACAUUAAAGGACAAGGUGAUAAGAUGAUGGAUUCAUCAAAGAAUACUUUAACACAGCAAUCAGGGCAUCUCCUUGAAGGUCAGAGGUCAUCAUCUGUACAUGACCUUAGCCUCAGCAUAACCUCAUCACAAAGUGAGAACGCAAUUAAAGCGAUCCGCAGUGGAUUUACGAAUGUCAUCACAAGUCCAGCUGCAGCAACAAAAGAUCUAGUCCUGUCACCAUUCUCAAAAUUUGCUAAAGGCAUGCAGAACCUUGGUGCAAACUUAGAUCCUAGAAAACUGAAAGCUGGGAGUGGCACUGGUAUAGGGAGACAUGUAGUAACAGAACAUCAGAUUGAGGAGCACAGAAAACUUCAGGAGAAGUGGAAGUCCUGCAGGACAAGGCUCAUUGCCCUCUAGAAGGAUCUGGUACUGAACCAAGGAUAAACAACCAAAGAAUAAAAAGUGGCGAAUUUAGUUCCUCUUCCUCAGAGAAUAGUUCAAGCAGAUAUCUAGGCUGUUUAGGUAAUUAGUGAAGGCAGUAUGAUAGAAUUCACUGUUGAGGAGCUUCAGUUUCUGCACUCAGAUGUAGAAAUUAGAAAUUAAGGACCUUAGCCUAAUGAGUGCCAUGGAUAUGGCUAAUCUGUAAUCUAGACUUUUAGACUUAAGACAGAAAUAUUUGAAUCAUAUGUGGGGAAUCAUAAAUGAUUUUACAAAUUUAGUAUGCGCAGUUCGAAGUAACAUUAUUAUUCAGUGAGAACUGUGGGUAAAUGAUAAUUGUAGGUGUAAGUCACAGUUGAUAUGGUCACAACAAUGUAAUGUAAGAGAACGACAUCAUUGCCCAGACAAGCAUAACAAAAGUCUUUCAUGUAUUUAACUUGUCAUAAUUGGGCAUGUAAUUUGUUGGUAAUGUUAAUGUUGGUCCAUGAAGGUCACAUUCAUUGAGGUUUGGAGUUAAUUUAAAAAGAAAGAAUUCUUUUUCAUGGUGGAGUGUUUCUGUCACUACAUGAAACCUUGUGAUCUGUGUUUGCAGUACGAGUUAUAAAUUAAGAAUCUGUAAUACGUAACACAACCUGGUAUGUUGGAGAGUCAUACGUAAUAUAAAAUUGAAUGUCACAUUAGUCAAUUAUAAUGCUUCAGUCACUGUAUAAAGCAGUAUGCGGAUGAGAUAUACAGAGGAAACAGCUUAGUUCUGUAGCACAUACUGUACUGCACUUCAGAAAUAUGAACAAGUCUGCUUUUCAUUCUUUCUUCAAGGAUGAAAGUAUCCGUAGGUGAAUAGUACCUUCAUGCUUGCUCAGUAAUGAUAAUGCUAAGUAUAUAUAGUUUUAUAGGAUUGUGAGUAUUCUUAACAAGAAUUAUAUUUUGAGAGUGAUUGCAUUGAGUGCUGGUGAUCCUCACGGUGUAAUUAAUGCCAAACAUUAAACAUGUAAUCAUGAUGGAGACUGGAAGGUAAUUGAAGUGCAUCGAGUUGCCAAAUUAAAAAUGUCCAGCUUAUGAACACCUAUACAUGUGAAUGAAGUUACUGUAUAUGUCAAUAUUUUGAUACUUUGUGAGGUUUGAGUUUCACACAGUGGUAGCUAUGAAGAUUCCUGUCUUCUGGGAUGUGAUAGUUACCAGUUUGUAAGAGUAGCUUGCUGAUCUUCAGGUGGAAAAUGUAAGUAGUUGUUUCUUCGGAAGCAUUAGUAACCAUCUACCAGACUACCUGGUGGCACAUCCCAGAACACAGUAAUUUUUAAUGUGAACAUUGAUUCAUGUAUAUGAAUCAUUACUCGUGGUAAGUAACGCUCAAAAGGAAUGAAUGCCAUUCAGCUUCUGUAUCUUUGAUAGUCCUCAGAAGUUACUUUCAGCUUGGUCAGAAAAGUUUCCUUCUACUUUCCCAACCUUGACUAACUACCCUGCUGCUCAGUAAGGGAGGCAGUGCCAGGAUUCAAGUAAAUAAUUAAAACUGUUGUUUGCUCAGUUUGUUUUGCUUUUUUAUUAUGAGCAUUGUUUCAUAGUACAGUAUUAUUCAUUCCAAUUAUAAUAUAUUUCAGCUUAAUAAUGGGUUAAACAGGUUAUAUUGGGUUGGCUUGGGAAUGUAGCCAUUAUUUAUAACAUUGUGUCAGUGUAGAAUUGACUAGCAAAUUUCAAACUAAAGGCAAACUUUAGGAUUGUGACUACAGUCCCACCAUGAUUUUAUGAUCCUUUGUAAAGUCCAUCUGCUGUACAAACCAGGCUAUGUCAUGCCUCAUGUAGGGAAUCUAGUAGAAGCAAAGUCUGGUGUAAUUGUGUUCAAGUUUCACACUGGCAUAUGGAAAACCGAAAUUAAUGGCCAUGGGGAUUUGUUACACUGAACACAUGACACCCUCUAUCCACUAAAGUUUGUAAUAUUUCGCCGACAAGCAGCAGUCACUUGCUCGGUAUAAUUCACUGGCGGACUAAAGCCAUGGUGUUUUAUUUAUAUGUAUACUGGAAGUGUUUGAAAAUUGAAUCAGGUAACUUUCUCAUGGUAUUGUAAUGAACCGUGUCACUAACUGAUGUUGACAUAUCCUAUUUUCCAUAGUAGAUGAUAUAUAUCAGUGCUCAGUGUUGUUCACCUUGACACAGCAUUGGCUGAUACGUUGAUGGAUGCUGUACUUUUGAGUGAAUCACCUGAUAGUUGUUUCUGCCACUAGACAUAUUGGUAUGCAAUGUAUCCUCUACAAGCUUGCAACUCAUGCUUUGUUUGGAAUUGUAAGUAAGGUCUGGCAACAGUGCUAUAUUCUGUGGCCUGACUUGAGCUUGCUCCAUCAGGCAGAUCCAGGGAUCUUUAUAUUAUGGUGGGACUUUGUGUUGUUGCACUUCAUUAUACUCGUAUUACUUAAUAACAUAUCUGAAUAUUGUGCUAUGCCAAGAAUGUAACUAACAAUAUGUGAUUUAUUGUCUAUAUUAUGUCAUUUUUAUGUUUUUAAACAGGACUAUCUGUUAUUCAUGUCCUUACUUAGGAGAACACCAAAGAUCUCAUGUGAUCCUUAGUGUACUGUGACUUGACAAGAACAUUUUAGAGAAGCAUUCUGUCUUUUCUGCCUUAUACCAAAUUGUGUGUCACACUUUUUGUUAUAUUUAUUGAUUUGCAACAUUUACGCUUUCUUGCAGGAUCUUCCUUUACUUAAAAGAAAACUGAAAUUAAUAUAAAAAUGGAUUCUUAGAUCAGAAUUUAUCAAGUUAGGAAUUUUAUCAUUUCAGUACAUUCAGUAUUUAUCUCUGGUGUCUUGAUUGUGAAUUGAUAGUGCUAACGUGUACACCCUCUUCUCAGGCAACCAGCCUUUUCAGUGCUGAGUUAAAACCAACAUUUCAGAGAUCACCUGUUCCAUCCUCAGGGUCAGUGUGGUGAGUAACCACUCUGUCAAAUUGUUAUCAGCUGUAUGUGGUCAUUCACCACAUCAAGCCUGGUGAUGGCGAUCUGCGAGACAUUGGUUUUUACAACUAUUGUGUUUCUGGACAUUAUCUGUCAUCCUGUUUGUAUUCAGAACACAACUUUUCGAGGACUGGAUUCUGUCUCCGUCUUCAGGUGGAACCUACUCAGUAGACCCAAUUGAUAGAGCUGGUUCCUAUCUUCAGACACCUGCACCAACACAAGAUAGGGUAUACAUACCAAGUACAGCACAAACCAGGGACUAGCUCUAUCAAUUGGGCCCAACUGAGUAGGUUCCACCUGAAGAUGGAGACACAAUCCAGUCUCCAAAACGUUGUGUUUUAAAUAAAAGCAGGAUGACAGAUAAUGUUCAGGAAUACAAUAGUAUUAAUAAACCAUCGUCACAGACUUUUGGAUCUUAUUUACAUUGGUUCUUAAUCUAACAUUGGUAUUGCUGAUUGCCUGACCACCUCUGUGGACUAGUGGUCAGCGUUCCUGGCUACAGAUCCAGAGGUCUGGGUUCCAUUCCUGGCCCUACCAGAUUUUUUC